AUGGACGUUUCCGGGCUUUUCGUCGCCGAUGAAACGCAACCUGACGAUGACAACAUCUCCAUCAACUCCACCCUCGCGUCCGAACAUGAUUCCGACGAGGAAUGGCUUGUGGAGGGCAUCCGUGCUCAGAUUCGCGAAGGUGGAAGAGACAAAUUCCUGGUAGAGUGGACCGGUUAUCCCAUUGAGGAGGCCACAUGGGAGCCCGAGGAAAAUGUGACGAAUGAGCUACUUGGGGAAUGGAAAGACACUCAGGCAAAGCAAGCUCGAGGAGAGGAGCAGCCGUUCGACAUUGUCGCCUGGCAAGAAAGCGUGGUCAAGCGUCAUGAGGACAAAUACCAGCGGCAUCACAAGCGUAAUGCUGAACGGAAAAAACGAGGUAUUCAGCUUAGGCUGUGGGAGGGUGAAACCAAGGCGGAUUACUAUCUCAGCGACGAAGACGUUGGAGAUGAUGAAUACAACGCUGUGUUUCCUCCUCCAAAGGUUGUGGGGCGUCGCGAGGAUGCGUUUCAUCCUGACACUCAACCCUCCAAGAUCCCACCAAAGCAGGAAGUUGCGGAGAAACCAACUGCUCAGAAACGGGCUUCAGCGACAGAGAGACCAAAAUCACCAACGAGAAAGGCACAAUCCUCUUCAAGCCCUCAGCCACGCUCACAAACAUCUUCAACACAGGCAGCGGCGAACGGACAUCAAGGCACAGCAAAGAAGAAGCCUUCGGCGAGCAGACCGGUCAAUAAUGCGACACUUAGCCGGUUGCCGGGUAGUGCGACAGCAACUGCGCGGACCACUCAUAAGGCGAAAAAGACUGCUGUGGGCUCCAGAACGAUGGUUAGAUCACAGAACAGCAGAACGGGCAUCAAUGUCUUUGCGGCCGGCAAGCAAUCAAAGCAGCGCCGUCUACUUGUACAGAACGUGGUCGAUCCCACCAAAGAUGCUCGUCUAUUUUCAAACCACCGAACCAAGAGAAAAGUCGAGUUACAAGGUCGUGACAAAGCAGAUGUGGCUCCCACGGCUGUCCCUACGAAGCUAUUCAGCAUCAGCCGCGGGCCUCCUCCUGGAACCACUACCGGUACAAACACCAGCACAAACAUCGCUCCGAACACCAGUACCACCACUACCAUCCCUCGGUCUGUACUUAAGCGCUCGGCCGAUGAUCUGUCGGCAAGGUCAGCCAGCGAGUCCAGUGUGACGGCGUCGGAGAGGGUGGGGGUGUCACACCCUCAGAACUUGGGUCAGUCCCAGACUAUUCAGCCAACGACCAAGAAAAGGAAGUCUGUUCAGUUUGCAGAUGUUCCGCUUGUUGAUGAGCCAGAAGAGAUGGAUGUGGACUAUCCGACUGUUCGGCCGAAAAGACUCAAGUCGCCCCCGAUGCCUUCAGAUCCGUCACAGCCUUCUCAACCUCCUACCAAGCCUCAGUCUGUCCUUCGCAAGUUAUCGAUAACAGACUACAAGUCGAGAAGUACAGGCCAAAACUACGACAAAACUGUGGUCUUGGGUCCUCAGGGAAGCAAGGACAUCGAAAUGACGUUUGAUAACGUUAGAGUCGACUCCGAAGCAUGGCAUUCUCAAUUCGUUGACGAGAAAUUGCUCCAUUUCGCCAGAAAUUUCACUGCCAAGACUUUCGCCUCUCAAAGGGCAGUCGUUGUCGAAAGGGUGCUCUCAAAUGGAAGCGUCAGGCCCAAGUCAAAUGACGACCAAGUUGUUGUGGAGAGAGCAGCAGAGCGACUACGAUCAGGGUCGUUUGGGGUUGCGUGCUUCUAUGAAGACUUUCUCAUCGUCAUUUACCCAGCUCAGUGUGAAGAUUGGAAGCAAUCAAUGCCUGAAGUCGAAGCUCACAGCCCGGCACAUGUCUCCCUGAAAUAUGUCAUCUUCAAGCCUCAGCAGGCUGCUAAGAAGCCUUUACCCGUCAGGCAGGUCAUUAUUUCAAAGAUAGCUUCGCGGGUUACCAUUUUCCGCGAUUUGCUACGCCUCGAUUACCACACGAUCCUCCCCCCUGGCAUUCGAAGCGUACGCCACGACUUCUACCUGGCGUUUCCUCCAUCUAGAAUACUAUUACUUGAGGCUGUGAGCGAGUGGCUUCGCUCGGAGAAUCCCGAAUGUAGGAUAUUCUCUACUAAAACGAAUGGCGAUUGGGCCGCUUUUAGCAAUCCGAAAAUCGUUGCGCAAGGAGUUAUCAUUGUUCACGAGGCAGCCGCCGAUUCACUCCGACGGUUCCCUGGUUUGCUCAAGCUGCUUUUGCAUAAGAGCAGUGCAGCUUACGUCUUUUGGUGUAUUGGAGAGUCACUUCAGCUGUCUCCCGCGUACCCAUCCAUUCGGUCAAUGCAUAACGAGACGGCAAAGCCGGGCACGUUUGAGUUGACGAGGUUUUUCCCCCACGGUACCGCAAUUUUGGUCACGCCAAGUUUUCUGGUCUCUGAACCACGCCGUGCCUUCCAACUCUUUCAGUGGUACCAUAGGACCUAUCAGAAGCCUACCAAUAACCAAAAAAUUGUGGCCGCGGCGAAUAUACGGGAGUAUCUGCGAGAUCUUGCGCACGAGCGGUCCGCCCGUCGGGACGAGUUGAUGGCGGAUGGUGACCUAACGCGCCAGUGGCCAAAGUCGAAGCGUGAGGAAAUAGCACGCGUUGCAGGAUUGAGCAAAGAAGAUUGCACAGCUCGAUUUGAGACAUGGGCGAUAGUGGAGGGUCUCCAGCCGGCUAUAGAAAUAAGCAUCGUGCCGGAUGAGCAGCUGGAAGCCAUUGUGUUUGCUGACGGAUCUAUCGAUGCCAACGACGAGCAAAGCUUGGUGAAUUGGUUCGGUUGUUGGUCCCAGACUCGUUUCGACCAGUUCCGCAAGUUCCAUGUUUUAGGAACAGAUGGCGAUUCCGACAACAGCCACCUGAUCGAAGACAGCGACAUUCCCGUCUACCCGUUUGGGGUUGGGCGUGAUGUGGGAGCCGAGGCUCAUGGUCCCCGUCAGACCACGUCAGGUUCCGACAAUAACCUUGGACCAGAAAGUAGAGUUAGUAAACUUCUUGGAGGCUUGUCUGCCAACCACUUCAAGAGCAAGUUGAAGGCCAUCGCCAGCCGCCAUGAACGUCCGAGAGCGUGUCCAUUUGGGAAGCUCUUCGGCUUUGCCGUCUCCUAUUACGAAGACGUUGCCAAUACGGCUGACUCUUAUGGAGACUUCCAUCGCGACUUCUCAACUUUCGACAAGUGGAUGGAGUGGCCCUGGCCGUUCUUCUCAAUCCACCAGGAGGGUUUCAAGCCACCGGCGGCCUCCUAUCAUCUGCCGCCGACGUUCAAUACCUACUUCGCCUUUUUCUACACCCCCGAAGAAGACCAUCCAAGCAAGCCGCCACCGCGCCAUCCAUGGCUUGCGAUUUGGCGGGUUCGUGAACCUUAUAAGAAAUGGAUGGGAACCGAGCUUAUUAUUUGGGACGUUGCGGCCAAGAAUCGAUAUUCCGCAGCGAACGAGAUCUACGAGUCUCAACUCCUCAAGGCGCAGCAGCACCUCUUACAGAUGGUACGGGAACGAUCUGAAGCCAAACGUCGGGGCCUUCCUCUGCUGGAGGUCUGGCAAGGUGGAUUCGAAACAGAGCCUUCAGAGUAUACAUUGCCAGUCGACGUCACCGUCCAUAACUUGAACGUGAUGAUGUCAGACUGCAAGCUAUAUCUUCCAGUGAUUGACACUCUUCUGCUCCGCAGGGGUUUCCGCAAGAUUACUCCCGGCGACGCGCCCGUCUGGCAAGAGCGUCAUUCCGCAGACUCUCCAAUGGACAUUGACAUGAUUGGCGGCCAUCGCAAUCAUGGCGGCGAGAGCAAGAUUAUUUUCCAUCCGCCCAGGGCCAUCAAUCCGACGGGGCAGAGCAGAUGUGAGAAUUUUUUCUACACUUGGGUGAUGAGCCUUGACAGAAGAAAUCCUCGUUCCGCGUGGCCUUACACGUUCAGACCGACCACGGAGUGGUAUCAGCAGCAGGUUUCCGAGAACAGGCAUUUCGAGCACCUCAACGUUGCUUCCUGGGAGCGGGUGUUUGAACUUAUACGAAUCCUACCCCCGAAGGGCAAGACGGAGUCGCGAGAGAGCGGCAAAAAGUGA